AUGUCAAUCAACUCUGGAUUGCAAAAGAUGGACGAACAGAGUGAAAACAAAGAUCCCGACCUUGAUGUUGAACAACGUCGACAAGAAAUUACAAGCAACUUGACCGACGUGAGGAAACGUAUAGAAGCGAUGACGCAAGAAAAACGCGAGGUUAGAUUGGUUGCAGUUAGUAAGCAAAAACCUAUCUCAGAUAUCUUGAUAGCUUAUGAAGAUGGACAACGACAUUUUGGUGAGAAUUAUGUGCAGGAAUUGGUUGAAAAGAGCAAGGCGCUUCCUUCGGAUAUCAAAUGGCAUUUCAUCGGAACAUUGCAGAGUAACAAAUGCAAAAUUCUUGCUGCAAUACCGAACCUAUGGGCAGUGGAAACGAUAGAUGGUAUACAGAAAGCUGAUGUGAUGAAUAAAGCUUGCGCAUCAAGGGAAUUCCCAUUGAGGGUAUUCCUUCAGGUUAACACCAGCGGCGAAGAAACUAAAGGAGGAGUUGAUCCCGGAGAAUGUUUGGCGGCGUUAAAUCAUAUUCAAGAUAACUGCGAAAAAUUGCAGCUCGCAGGCAUAAUGACAAUCGGUGCACACAGGGAAAGCACCGAAGAAUUAAACCCGGACUUUAUUAAUUUAAUGAACUUACAAAAGCAAUUUAAGGAAUCUCGAGGGAUGGAAUUAGAGGUCAGCAUGGGAAUGUCCGAUGAUUUUGAAGAGGCAAUAAAAUUGGGCUCCACCAAUGUGAGAGUUGGUACAACCAUCUUUGGUAGAAGGCCACUCAAACAUAAACAUUAG